UGCAGUUGUGAUCCUUGGAGACAACUUGUCCGACAUCAACUUGGACAUUAUUCUGUGAAACUGGGAAGACAAGUUUUUUCUGCAUACCGAAGCGAGAGAGGAGAGAUCGAACUUGAAAUCGACCUGACGCGAGAGAGGGAGAGAUUCUCAGGUGCUGGCUGUUGGAUGAUUCUGUUGCAGCUAGCACGCGAUAUGAGUUAGUCGGCAUCGUGCUUCAGAGACGGACGACAUGAAGUGGAGGAUAGACAGUGCAGAUAACGCCGCUGCUCUAGCACCAGGCACUCGUUAUGGUAAGCGGAGCGAUUCUUCGUCCGAGGCUCCCCAGACGAGCGUGUUUAGACCUCUGGCAGCCUACCGGGAGUCCUGGAAUCCUGAAGAGGGCGUCGCAGCAUCGGGAGUGUUCAGGAGUAUAUCCGAGGAUGGGCCUUCUGUAACCACACACGAUCUGACAACUACCAAAAACUACAUUAGGCCAUCGAAGGAAACAGCCAGGAUAGAAGCCGUAGUGACAAAACUAUCAGAGGAUAGGAAACUUACAACAAGCAACGAAAUUCCAAAGAAACACCAAAAUCUCAAAACAGGUAAGGCCGUUGGAAAACAGAGGCCUGACUGCGUUAACAAGGGAUCGGAACUUGUGAAAGACAUCGUGAAGCUGGAUUCGUCAGAAGAUAAGUGUGGUGAGAGCGAACCUAGCGGAGAAUCAGCACAACACAAGAUCCCUCCUCUUGGCAGUGGCAGUGAGGCACUUGGUGGCAAUCGUUCUAGACACUUCAAGCUGGAGUCGUCUUCAUCUACAUCGGUGGAGCAUCAAGGCAUGCAACCCGCGGCUCGGGAUACAGGGCAGCAGCGGGGUUUUGGUUCGAGUGGUGUCACCCUCGUGAGCAGGGCAAGUAGUCCUGGAACCAACAGCAGCUGUGGAAGUUCCUGCAACUUCUCGUCUACGACAGAAGCGACGGGUGACGGCAGAGGCCAGAGAGCAACACCGAUGGGCUCGACCACUGGUCUUCUGCCAGAUAACACGUCUUCUUGUUCCCAGUCGAAGUUUAAAGUGGAAGGAGGUUGUAUGCCAGGCCUGAGCGCCACACUCACCAUCCUCUCUCUCACGGCCAGCCUUGGCAAUAUUCUUCGUCUUCCUCGCGUCGUAUACCUCAGUGGCGGCGGUACUUUUCUAGUCGUAUACAUCUGUAUCAGCCUAGUUUUUGGUAUUCCUUUAGUUUUUCUUGAAAUUGGUCUGGGUCAGUUCUGCCAGGAAGGAACAACAAAACUGUGGAGAGCUGUCCCUUUGUUUAAAGGUAUUGGCUACGUCAAAAUACUUGCAUCAGGCUUGCUCUCCAUCUAUUAUCCCGUGCUCAUGGGUCUCUCGUUGUUCUACCUAGUCUGGUGUUCCAAGGGACCCAUCCCUUUUACAGAAUGUAGUCAACAGUUCACACCAAUUGAUGGUGCAGAAUGUUUACGACACACAUUCCUGAAAUCCCUGAAUGAGGAUGCCAUGUGGUUUGGAGUUGGUGUAGCAUUCCUGUUCCUACUCUGGUCACUUUUCAUGUUGUGCACUUUCAAACGUGAACACUCGUACAGAGUAUCAGUGUACGUCAUCCUUGCUCCAGUAAUUGCCUGUCUUGUUGCCCUCUUGGUGCAGUCAAUACUAAGUGACACAUCAGUUUAUGGAUUACAGAAACUCAUGAUAUUCCAGUGGGACUAUCUUCUAGAUAUUAAAGUGUGGUAUUUUGCUACUGUCCAGAUGUUCUUCUCAACACACCUGGGUUUUGGAAACAUUGUGACAUGUGCUGGGAGGCUUUAUUCAAAGAACAAUGCUUUGUGGACUGCAGUGUUCUAUGUGGUGUCCAAUCUUUUGAUUGGAAUCCUAACAGUGUGUAUUGUUUAUCAGUGGAUUGGUCAGAGAAAGACGGACAAUCUUAACAUUGAUAUACCCGAAGAAUUUAUUUAUACUCUGACUUAUGAUGUAGCAGUGAACUACAUGGGAAGUCUCAAGCAGUUAUGGUCAGCCCUCACAUUUUUUGUUAUUAUCUGUGGAGGGUUCAUUGCUAUGGUAGCUGUACUAUACACAGUACUGGUGGCUGUCACUCUGGAAAUCAACAAAAGAUGGAGCUGGUGGAUUAUGGCAGGGUGCAUAUGUACUAUUGGCUUCCUAAUUGGAAUUAUCUGCAUUAUACCACACAACAUGGAGGUUGUCCAUAUCUUGGACCAUUAUGUCAUUGGAAGAAUGGUAAUAGCAUCUACUGCCCUGGAAUUGGUGGCAUUUGCAUGGAUAUAUGGAAGUAAUACGCUGUAUAAUGACUUUGAAUUUGUGCUUGGGCACAAACUGAACCCCAUCUGGAAAGUGAUUUGGUUAAUUACACCGUUUCUCCUGAUAGUGGUUGAGAUAUGGUCCAUGGUGUCACUACCUCUCACUGGGUUUCCAGGUAGAACCAGUGACCCUGUGUGGGUUUAUGUCACAGGCUGGGUACUGUAUAUGUUGACGUGGGUUAUAGUUAUAUCAGCAGCAAUUCAACAAAUCAGCUCCCAGGUGGACUACAAUCUGUCACAGAAAUUCCUGAGUACAUUAAAACCAUCUCGUAACUGGGGACCUGUUGACACAAUUUACCGCCACUGGUGGGUGCAAUGGCGAGUUACAUGCACUAAAACUGGACAAAGAGACUUCACUUUCAAAAGAAGAGGAACCAAAGACUAUACAUCUUCAGUACAGAAAUACCACACAGCUGAACCUGCAGGAAUAUACAGGAUCACACCCUCAUCUACUAAUGGAACCUUGCAACACAACAGAGCCACUGACAGAGGACCAUUCACAAUUCACACCAAUGGUCAUCUCCCAGAACAUGUAUGUUGGAGAGGGACUUUGCAGCGAGGUGGUGAUGGCACCUGAGAGACCAGAUCUCUAUUUCACACAUACAGGGGUAGCCAAACAAGGGUUGUGAGCUGCAUCCACAGGGGCAGACAAACAAUGCUUAUGAACCACAGUGGCAGGUUAGCCAAAAAAGGAUUAACAGGUACAUCCAGUUCCAGGGAUGCACAUCACUUCUCAUGAAGGUACCUAAAACAAAAUGUAAUUUUGCCAUAACUGUUAUAGCUAAGACUUAGCCAUAACAAGCAAAUAAACUGAAAGAAUUUUGAACAUAAAAUAUAUUCUGUGCACCGAGUACAUUUCCACUGAGAAGGAAGAAUGUUUGCCUACAAGAUUUGUGGGAAGUUAUGCAAUCUGAUGUGAUAACAUUGUUCUAUACUUUCUAUAUACUGUUAAAAAUUCUGUACUUAUGAACAGAACAAGAGCAGACAGUGUACUAAAGUAUGGAGGACAUGUAAUGUAUUGAAAUGUGUUAUUUAUGAUUUUAUAUACAUUUUUGGUCUAUAUGUUGAUUUACUACUAAUCCAAAUCUUGUAGCAAGACAACUAAAAUUUACAUCUUCACAUCAUUCAAUAUAUAACACUGAUUUCAAUCAUGCAUAGAAUUCCUUUCAAAUAAAUUGAAAUCCUUCACUCAACUAUCUUUUUCAUUUACCUUUUGGUUGCUAUAUCAUAUCACCAUUCAUAUGAAAUAUAAUAUUUAAAUCCUGAGUCAACUUAUGUUUUGAAUCACAUUAACUUUCAAAAAACUGACAUCAGUUAUCAGAACCAAUUACUGAAUUAAACUACUGGUACUUCUAUCCCAAGUGUUGGGGCAAAAAUUAAGCCAUUAAUUUUUCACUGUUAUGCUGACACAAUACAAGCAACUUUCGGUUUUAUGAACGUUCGAUUUAUGAACAUUCGCUAUAACGAACGUCACAAUUCAUUCAAAAUUUCUUAAAGUCGCUAAUAGAUAGAGUUCCUUAUAAAACUAAAUGCCAAACAUAUAGUGAAUAUAAUUGUAAGAUUUAAAUAAAUAAACUUUUAAAAAAUGCAUUUAUUACAAUAAUUAUCAGAAAUUAUUCUGAUAAUUAUACUGAACUGUUCUUGGUUAAUAAACCUAAUCUAGCCAGUAAAAAACCUUGGUUUACAUGCCGUGCCGCGUAGAAUGUUUUCUCGUGGGAAAGAAAUCGGUAAUGUAAUAGGAUCAUCACUUGCUUUGCCUAGGUUAUCUUAGAUGGUCAAGUGUAGUACUGCAUUUGGCGACUUAAAAUACAUUUUUAAAAAUGUAAGUGAUCAUGGGUCCAAAGCGAUAUAGUAAUGCUGGUGCUGAUAGUGGUAGUAAUAAAGCAUAAUGCAUACAUUAUAAUAAAACGUAUUGUAUAGACAA